CCUGAACGAAUCUGUCACCUUUCGCAAUGGAGUGUUGGACGUGUCCGUAAUAACAAAAUUUCCUUUUUAUUUACUUGUAAUGCUGUCACCACUUUAACAGUUAUUCCAAAUAACAUUUACGAUUAUGUUAAACUCGUGUGGAGUUUUGUUUAGUUCAAAUUCGCUGCUGAAACAUGGAAGAGGAACUUAAUGAGCAUGAUUUGGAGGAAAGGCUGUAUGCUAUGCUACAUCAUGUGGAUGAGACAGAGGGUAACUUAGCAACAAGCCAGAGCGAUGGGUUAAGUAUAGUGGACACCGCGCCGAGAAGUACGCUGCGUCGUUACUGGCGCACCAGCGAACCCACAACUCCGUACCAAAAGGUGAACACAUCAAAAGAGCCCACAACACUCGCUAACAACAACAAACAACCUGAUGUGACCCAAACAAACCAAACACCGAAGCCCAAAGAAGAAAAACGUGAUUCGCCCCUAAAACCACCCGCUGUUGACUUGUCUAUUUUCCAGUCACCUGUACCACAAAACUUAAAAAGAACCAUUGAAAUUAUUGACCAUGAUGAUGAAAAACCAGUAGUUCUUGAAUCUAGUGAUGAAGAUGAGGUAGUGGAAGUGGCGCUACCACCAAAACCUACCAUCACUAUUGAAAGCUCAGAUGAAGAUGAACUACUAAUUGUCAACCCGGUUAUAUCUCCAAUAAAGAAUCAAGUGAGUGUUGAAAAGUCAUCUACCAGAAGGGAAAGAGAAGUAUCAGCAAGUCCUGCCCCAUCUGCGGUGUCUUCAGUGUCUGACGAGUUCAUCCGUGGUGAUUGUAUAGCCUUGAACAUAUCCUCUCGACAUCCAGACAAUCCCAGCUUUGAUUUCAGUCUUCAUGGGUCUGACUUACUUGUUCAAAGUACACCAUCAAAAAAAAAGAAAAAGAAAAAAUCUAAAGAAGCUGUGACAUCUACUCCAGUAGCAGAAGCUACUCCAGACAAGACCACACCAAGUGAUGUGUGUUUUGCAACACCGAAAAGUAAGGCAAAGAAUAAACGUCAGAAAACUAAAUUGUAUACUGUGACCGAGAAAAGUAUUCCGAAUCCUGAUGUGUAUGACUCUGACAGCAACCAAUCAAUUGAUAAAAAUAGGAGCUCAUACACUGUUACUGAUAAAAGUCUACCCAGCACUGAUGUUUAUGAAUCUGAUUCAAAUCUAUCUGAAUGUACAAAGGAUACCUCAAAACUGAAACCAACAAAUGAUAUUGACAGUUCAGACAGCAAUAUGUCAUUGGAUAAAAUAACAGAGCCUCUGUCAAAAACUUCCAAGAGAAAUGAGUCCAGCCAGGGUAAUGAAACAUUUGAAACUAUAUCUGUGGUAGAUCUCACUGGCAAUGAUAAAUGCCUAACCCUAGAUGACUCUGAAAUCCAUGAAAGCAUUAUCAUGGGCAAUGUCUCUGGGUUUACAGAAAUAGAUGAUUUUGAAGAUGUAAAUGUAUCCGAAAACAAUAUUUCUAAGUUUGGCUCAACGAAAAUACCUGCAAUAUUGAACGAGGACCUUGAUUUUGACAAUCUUAAAGGCAAAGACAAGGUUUGCAAAAGACGAAGAUACUCUCUAACAACUCUUCGCGCCGAAAUGGAGAAAUUCUACAAUGAGAGCUGGGGAGGAGAGAAUUUUAAUCACAGGGAAAUACAGAAGAGCAUGUCACGUGAUAAGAGCCUGUGGGUGAUUGAUCCUAAAGACAGGAUGCCAUCGCUUGUUAAAAGAAAAGUGACGUGCAACUACUGUAACCGCGCCGGGCACCGCGACGACUCGUGCCGCCUCAAGCCGCCCGUCUGCUACAUGUGCGGCUCCACCGGACACUACGAGCCCCGGUGUCCUAGGAAGAUUUGUGUCAAUUGCGGUUCGCCGAAUCAGAUGUACUCGUCGAUGUGCCGCAACUGCUGCAACUGGGGCAGCAUCACGUGUUCCGAGUGCGGCCAGAGCGGACACCCCGCCAGCCACUGCCCCGACCUCUGGCGGCGGUACCACAACACUCUGGACACGAACACAGCCCUGGAGCGCUGCACGUCCAACAAGAAGCAGCAGCAGCUGUACUGCAGCGGCUGCUCGCGGCGCGGCCACCUGGUGCACGCCUGCCGCGUGUCGCUGCCCUUCUCGGGGCUGGCGCUCAGCUCGCCCUACGUGUGCUGCUACCGCGCCGUGUGGCCGCCCGCCGCGCCCGCCGCGCCCGCCCGCAGCGACGCCGCCAAGCGACACUCCAAGUCGCCCUCCGCGCACGAAACGCAUGUCAACAAGAAGAGGAACCUAUCCACCUGCGAGGAAACUGAGCGCCGCAACACCAAGAGCCCAGUCACGCCGCAGAGAAAGACUUCCAUUAGCAAAGAUGCCGACGACAAUCACAAGAAGGAUACUAGCAAGAGUGACAACGUAAAGAAUCAAGCUCCUGCAGAGAAGGCAGCAAACUUCAUUCCAGUCAGCUCAGCCAAUCAUGACAAAAAAGGAAAUAUGAUUCAAGACAAUGAAGUCUCUGAUACGAGCGACAUUAUUACUUCCGCGAGAAUUUACAUUACAAACGACAUUAUUGACAAACUCAACACUGAAGAAGGUAAAGCCUGGCUGAGAGUCACCACACAGAAACACGGUGUGGAGGUAGACAAUGCUGAAAUCAAAUCAUUUUUGAGUAUUAAGGGUAAGCUUGUGGAUCAAGAAGCUUUCCAAGGAGAGCUCAGGGAUUGGGUCAAACCUCAAGAAAGAAAAGAUAGUGUUAAUAAGCCAAGUAAUGAAGGUGACACUACACAUGAGAAUAAAAGUGACCAUCAGGACUAUAGCAUGAUACCUAAGAACAGAAAUAAUCUGCUUCGGCAACUGAAUAAAGCAUUAAACUCUUUAAAAGAGGAUAUAGGAGACCCUACUCUUCUGUACAAGGAGUUGAUGUACCUUCAAAAUCGUCAACAGCAACUCCUCAAACAGAAAGUCGUCAACCCACAACAGCUCACCAAUAAUAGAGGGCACAUUAAUCAAAUGCUCAAGAAAUUAAACAUGGUACUUGUCGGUCAAGCUGGCCUUGCCCACGGCUCUGAACACGUGAGUGAGUUGUAUUCUAUUCAAGAGAAACUAAUGAAUCUGAGACAAAAAACCAUACCGACUGAACUUCGCAAGGAGAUCGGUCAACAUUACACAACUAUAUUUACCGCGUUCCACAGAAAUGACUACACGGAUUUACUAAAAAUGUAUCACAUGCCGAAAACUACUACUUCAUCAAAAAAAGAUAAAAAAGAAAAAAGACAGGAAAGAAUGAAACUUCUCAAAAUAAAUAGAUUGAUGAAAAAAGUAAACAGCAUUCCAACACAACAAAUUCAGCCAAUACAAAAUGGAAAUAAAGAGAAUGUUGGGAAGGCGAAGGAGGUGGCCACUGCCAGUAAACAUCCCAUAAUGCUUCAGAAGCUAGUGUUCUACCACAAGAGGCUCAUGAGCGCGCGGCCCACGGGGGGCCCGCUUAAGAAGACUCGCCUCGAGUUGGUGAGGAAACUGCACUCUUACAUCGCAUCAAUGUUCAGGAAGGAACACUUAUCUUCAAAAGCAUUAAAGAAGAUAAGGAAAACCCAAGAGCAAGCGCAGUUGUUCUUGGCUAAUGUAUAAAAUAUAAUUAGGAGAUAAAUAUUUUAUGUUGGCGCCAAUCAGAGGCGCGCGGCGGGAGGCGAACACUGGCAUGUUCUACUUGUGAUCCCCGUACGGGAUCUGUUUUAUGUUCGUCUCGACUUGCCGGUUUGGUGUAAUGGCACUGAAUUGUGCGUGUGAAUUAUUAAACUUCUUAGUGUAAAGCA